AUUUGGUGACGGACAAGGGUUGAUUUCUGAGAGUCCCGUUGCCGCUCUUUAAAGGAAACUGAAGAGAUGAGUGAGGAUAGCAGAAAGAAAGGUGUGCAGACGGAAGAGGUUGACUGGGGAGGAUUGACAGGGCAAAGUCACCAAAGGACAGAGACAGUGAAGAAUAACGGGGCGGGGGAGCUGUUGAAGAACGCUCACGUUGGACUGCCGGACCCCGAGACAAACAUUGUCAGACGCUCCCUAGUGUCUGGGGAGUGUCUGUAUUUUCACUAUGGCUGUGAUGGGCAAGAUGACCGCGGCUGGGGUUGUGGUUAUCGUACCCUACAAACCCUCUCCUCCUGGCUGUGUCUGAGCUGGUCACAACUGAGGAACAACAUACCCCCACCCAGUCUAUGCAAAAUUCAGCAAGCCCUGGUCACCAUGGGGGACAAACCUCCCUCCUUUGUGGGGUCGCGGGAAUGGAUUGGGACAUUUGAGGCAGCCCUGGUGUUGGACCACUUUUAUGACGUCCCCUGUCGCAUCGUGCACGUGCGGGGCGGAGGGGCGGAGCUGGAAGGUGUGGCAGAGGAGCUUCACCAGCACUUCCAGUCACAGGGGUCCCCUGUCAUGAUGGGCGGGGACAGAGACAACUCCUCCAAGGGGAUUCUUGGUGUGUGCACAGGAGCACGAGGGAGCUACCUGCUGGUGCUGGACCCUCAUUACUACGGCCCUCCCCUGGACAGGGAGACCACACAGAGGCUGGGCUGGGUGUCCUGGAAGAGGGUAGGAUCCCUGGAUCACGGCUCCUUCUACAACCUCUGCCUGCCUCAGACUGUAAGGAAGUGAGGGAGGGAAAGGGAAAGCGAUGGGACGUGUCAGGGUGAGAGAAGGAGAGAUUUGUGGGAAAGUGAAGCAAGACUGAGGGAUGAUCCUGGAAGGAGUCUCCUGGAAAGUGUGGAAUUAAUCAU